UGAGAAACUCCAAGCAAAGGACGGACGAAGCCCGCACGGAAAAGCGCAGCGUUGCCCUGGAAAGGACACCAUGGUGCGGCGAGUGGCCAUAAUCGGGGCUGGAGCUAGCGGGCUGGCUUCCAUCAAGUGCUGCCUGGAGGAUGGGCUGGAGCCCACCUGCUUCGAACAGAGUGAGGACAUCGGGGGGCUCUGGCGCUAUGUGGGCACAGCGGACUGUGGGAGGACCAGCGUGUACCGGUCCGUCAUCACCAACACCUCCAAGGAGAUGUCCUGCUUCAGUGACUUCCCGUGCCCAGAUAACUUCCCCAAUUUCCUACCCCACCACCAGCUCCUGGAGUAUUUCCGCAUGUACGCUCAGCACUUUGGCCUCCUGCAGCACAUACGCUUCCAGACAACAGUUCGCAGUGUGAGGAAGCGCCCCGAUUUCUCCACCUCAGGCCAGUGGGAUGUUGUCACUGAGACCAAAACAGGCCGAGAGUCGCACAUCUUCGACGCUGUCAUGGUUUGCACUGGCCGGUACCAGGAGCCUAUUUUGCCCUUAGCUUCUUUUCCAGGUAUCGAAACACGCUUUAGAGGCCGGUACCUGCACAGCAGGGAGUACCGAGACACGGAGGGUUUCCAGGGGAAACGAGUGCUCGUGGUCGGCCUCGGGAACACCGGCGGCGACAUCUCCGUGGAGCUGAGCCGCGUGGCUGCGAAGGUGUUUAUCAGUGCCAGGAGCAGCACAUGGGUGGUCAGUCGUAUUUCAUCUCAUGGUUUCCCUUUGGACAUGGUCACUAGAACGCGCUUAAUACACUUUCUUGAAUGGCUUCUCCCAUCAGCCAUCAUGAAAAGGAUCAAGUUUGGGAAGUUCAAUUCAUGGUUUAACCACACAAACUACGGCUUGGCUUCUGUUCAAAGUCCCAAGUUUAACGUAAUUAUAAAUGAAGAGCUGCCAUUCUGCAUCCUCUCUGGGACUGUCGUGUUGAAACCAACGGUGAAGGAGUUCACUGAAAGCUCGGCCGUUUUUGAAGAUGGGACAAUGGAAAACAUCGACGUGGUGGUCUUCACCACGGGAUACGGGUUCUCGUUUCCCUUCCUGGAAGACUCAGUUCGCAGCCUCUUCCAACACAGCUCUUCCCUCUAUAAAAGCAUCUUCCCCCCACAGCUGGAAAAGCCAACACUGGCCAUCGUCGGCUUAAUACAACUGAUGGGCUCUGUGAUGGUGGGAGCAGAAAUGCAGGCGCGCUGGGUGACAAGCGUCUUUGCAGGCUUCAACAAGCUGCCUCCCAUCAGCAGGAUGAUGGAAGAUAUUUCAAAGAAGAAGAAGCAGUUGGCCAAAGGUCCUCCCGAGCAGGUGAACACGCGCAUGAAUUUUGUUAGCUACAUGGAUGACCUUGCCUCGUGCACCGGCGUAAAGCCCAGCCUGCUGUGGCUGCUCCUCACCGACCCCCGCCUGGCCCUGGCUGUGUUUUUCGGGCCCUGCUUGCCCUACCAGUACCGCCUGAGGGGCCGCGGCCGCUGGAGCGGGGCCAGAGGCGCCAUCCUCACGCAGCGGCAGCGGGUGCUGGAGCCCUUGCGAACCCGCAUCGUCGAUGACUCCUUGGGUGGCUCCACGGGCUCCAGCAGGCUGGGACUCCUGGCCUUGCCCCUGCUUCUUCUGCCCCCUUUCCUCCUGUCCUGGCGGAUGCUCAGGCCACAGGCUCAGCUGUAG